AUGGCGUGGCAGCAGGGUUCGAGCGGCUAUGGCGGCUACUAUGCUGGGUGGUCCGGCGGCGGUGGAUCCGGGGCCUCAGGUUCAGGUGGCAACGGCGAGGAGGAGCGUCGUCGCAAGGAGAAGAAGCGCAAGGAGGAGCUCCCGUCAGGACAGGAUAGAGAGGCCAUGCGAAAGAAGUGGAUAGCGGAGGUCCAGAAGGAGCGCUUCCGAGGCGACAAGUUGGAG